CGAACCGGGACACGGACCGAGCCGCUCAGUAGUCUAAUAAGAGCGGGAAGCUCCCAGAGGUAAUACAAAAUGUCUAACGGUUAUGAAGACCACAUGGAUGACGUGUGCAGGGAUGACAUUGGUAGGACCAAUCUAAUUGUGAACUACCUGCCUCAGAAUAUGACACAAGAUGAACUGCGAAGCCUUUUCAGCAGUAUCGGAGAGGUAGAAUCUGCAAAGCUUAUUCGGGAUAAAGUUGCAGGGCACAGUUUAGGCUAUGGUUUUGUGAAUUACCUUAAUGCAAAAGAUGCAGAAAGAGCAAUAAACACUCUUAAUGGCCUGAGGCUGCAAUCAAAAACUAUAAAGGUCUCCUUUGCUCGUCCAAGUUCAGAAUCCAUUAAAGAUGCUAAUUUGUACAUCAGCGGGCUCCCAAGGACAAUGACACAAAAAGAUGUAGAAGAUAUGUUUUUACCUUUUGGGCGUAUUAUCAAUUCAAGGGUGCUGGUUGAUCAGGCAACAGGUUUGUCCCGGGGAGUUGCCUUUAUACGGUUUGAUAAAAGAUCCGAAGCUGAAGAGGCCAUUGCCAGUUUCAAUGGACACAAACCACCUGGAUCUUCAGAGCCUAUUACAGUAAAAUUUGCUGCCAAUCCAAAUCAGAACAAGAAUAUGGCCCUUCUUUCACAGCUUUGCCACUCUCCAGCUCGACGAUUUGGAGGGCCUGUCCAUCACCAGGCACAAAGGUUCAGGUUUUCUCCAAUGGGUGUAGAUCACAUGAGCAGCAUAUCCGGUGUAAAUGUUGCAAGCAGUGCAUCUUCUGGUUGGUGCAUCUUUAUCUACAAUCUUGGCCAAGAUGCCGAUGAAGGAAUCCUUUGGCAAAUGUUUGGGCCUUUUGGAGCAGUCACUAAUGUCAAGGUUAUUCGUGAUUUUAACACCAACAAAUGUAAAGGUUUUGGUUUUGUGACCAUGACAAACUAUGAAGAAGCAGCAAUGGCUAUCGCAAGUCUUAAUGGCUACCGUCUAGGGGACAAAACCUUACAAGUUUCCUUCAAAACCAGCAAGUCACACAAAUAACUUGCUCUUAAAAUUUUGUAUGUAAUAGAGAAAUUACGAUCUGCUAAGUUGGGGGGAGGGGAAUCCAUUUUUGUCUUUUUUUUUUUUUUUCUGUUAGUGUUCUCAUUGCGCCAAUUUUCAAGUGUGUUUUGUCUUAUCAAAAUGAAAAUUUUUUAUACUCUGGGGAUGCAACUUACAUGUUCAAAUGUUUGAGAAACCCCAUCGUGUUAGACCAAUUUUAAGUUCCUUAAGUUAUUUACUUUAAAUAUACAAAUAAAAUAUGGAUAGAUUUGACUAAAAUAUACCCUA